GCCUUUUUCAAGCCUUCUUAACAGAAUGUGUCGGACUUUAUACGUUGCGCAUUGGUAGCUUUUGUUACUCCUCUCGAUAACUCGCCCGCCUUAAUUUCCCCCAAAACCCGCGCCACGAGCAACGGCGAUGGGGGUGACAGACUUCUUCUCCGGCGAGAUAGCCACCGAGCUCCUCAAAAUGUUAAUAACAAUAUCGCGCAAAUCCUUAAUGUGUAAAACGAGCGCGGAUUCGCUCAUAACCAGCAUAAAUGAACUCCUCCCCAUCAUUCAAGAAAUCAAAUAUUCCGGUGUCGAACUUCCCGCGGUGCGCCAAGUCCAACUCGACCACCUCUCGGAGACUCUCCGGGAUGGCAUCGAGCUUGCCCGCAAGGUCCUACUGUCCAAUCGAUGGAAUGUCUACAAAAACCUUCAACUUGCUAGAAAGAUGGAAAAGCUUGAAAAGAAAAUUUCGAGGUUUGUUAAUGUACCGAUGCAGGCACACGUUUUGGCUGACGUUCAUCAUCUGAGGUUUGAGACAGCUGAGAGAUUUGAUAGGCUGGAGGGUUCUGCGAGGCGACUGGAGCAAAGGCUUGGGGUUAUGAAGAUUGGUGUGGGGAGUGGAGGGUGGAUGGACGAGGCAGUGAAGAGAGUGGAAGUGGAGGAGGAGAGGUGGGAUACUAGUUUAGCAAAUUUAUUGGGGGUGGGCAUGGAGGUGGGGAAGAGGAAGGUGAAGGAGAUGGUGAUUGGGAGAGAAGAUCUGGGGGUUGUUGGGAUUUGUGGGAUUGGUGGCUCUGGGAAGACCACUUUGGCUAAUGAAGUUUGCAGGGAUGAUCAAGUUAGAAGUCAUUUCCAGAAUAGGAUUUUGUUCUUGACAGUAUCACAGUCUCCAAAUUUGGAACAAUUAAAGGCAAAAAUCUGGAGAUUUGUUUCAGGAAGUGAUGCUGUGGCCGGGGGUGUCAAUGGUCUGUUUAACGAAUGGAAUCCACAAUUGGAUUGGAGAAAUGGAACUCGAAUGUUGGUUGUUUUGGAUGAUGUGUGGUCACUAUCUGUGCUUGAACAGCUAAUUUUUAGAGUAGCUGGAUGCAAAACACUUGUGGUUUCACGAUUCAAAUUCCCAUCAGUUCUCAGUGCUACUUAUGAAGUAGAAUUUUUGAGGGAAGAUGAGGCAAUCUCCCUCUUUUGCCUUUCUGCUUUUGAAAAAAAAUCUGUUCCGGCUGCUGCUGAUGCCAAUCUGGUCAAGCAGAUCGUAAAUGAGUGCAAAGGACUGCCUUUGGCACUUAAAGUGAUCGGAGCUUCACUAAGGGACCAACCUGAGAUGUAUUGGGCGAGUGCAAAGAAGAGAUUAUCAAGGGGUGAACCUAUUUGCGAGUCCCAUGAAAACAAAUUGCUUGAUAGGAUGGCAAUAAGCAUUAACUUCUUGUCAAAAAAGGUUAGGGAAUGCUUCUUGGAUUUGGGGUGCUUUCCUGAAGACAAGAAGAUCCCUCUUGACGUUCUCAUCAAUAUGUGGGUUGAGAUACAUGACCUUAAUGGGGAAGAAGCUUUUGCUAUCCUUGUUGAACUUUCUAACAAGAAUCUUCUCACUUUGGUGAAGGAUGCACGAGCUGGAGAUCUAUAUAGCAGUUACUAUGAGAUUUUUGUUACUCAACAUGAUGUGUUACGGGAUCUUGCUAUUCAUUUGGCCAAUCAUGGAAAUGUAAAUGAACGCAAGCGAUUACUUAUGCCAAGAAGAGAUGCAGAGGUUCCAAAAGAAUGGGUGAGAAGUGCUGAUCAGCCAUUCCAUGCUCAAAUUGUUUCAAUUCAUACAGGUGAGAUGAGAGAAAUGGACUGGUUCCGGAUGGAUUUCCCGAAAGCUGAAGUCCUCAUCUUAAACUUCUCAGCUAAUGAGUACUUCUUGCCUCCCUUUAUAUAUGACAUGCCAAGGCUUAGAGCACUGAUAGUGAUAAAUUACAGCACACGAAAUGCAGUACUUAAAAAUUUUUCAGCUUUUUCUGAUUUAGCCAAUUUGAAAAGCCUUUGGCUUGAAAAAGUUUCAAUUGCCCAAUGGACAGAAUCUACCUUCCCCCUGAAAAAUUUGCAGAAAAUGUCUCUCAUCCUAUGCAAGAUCAAUAACAGCCUUGAUCAGUCUGUCAUCGACCAACCCCAAAUCUUCCCUUCCCUUUCAGAGCUUACAAUUGAUCACUGUGAUGAUUUGAUAAAGCUGCCUCUUAGCAUUUGUAGGAUGCAUUCACUGAACAGUCUUAGUAUAACCAAUUGCCACAAUCUACAAGAAAUCCCUGCCAAUUUGGGUAACCUGAAAGUUCUAAAAAUUCUAAGGUUGUAUGCUUGCCCAACACUGAAGAUGCUUCCAUCAAGCACAUGUGAGCUGGUGUCAUUGAGGUACCUAGACAUUUCUCAAUGUAUUAAUUUAAAAUGUCUUCCAGAGAAGAUAGGUAAAUUAUCAAUGUUGGUGAAGAUUGACAUGAGGGAAUGCUCAGAGAUUUGGGAACUACCAAAGUCUGUUGAGUCUUUAGAGUCUUUACGAAUUGUAAUUUGUGAUGAAGAGAUUUCUUGGUUGUGGAAGGAUUUGGGAAAGAAUAGUCUCCAUGUUCAGGUAGCAGAGAAACACUACGAUUUGGACUGGCUUGAUGAAUGAAUAAAUUCUACUCUAUUGAUACUGGUAGAAAUUAAUGUAAAUAAUUUUCUUUUCUUCUUUA